UCAAUUAUUCCUAACUUUCCAGACUACGUUCGCAACACGCGGAAUCAAGCUGCAGUCUCCGUGUGCAGUAUUAUCUAAGCCAUGGACCGGUACCCCCACCGACCUAAAUACACGCCGUAUAAAUGGUCAAGACCAGCAUCUAACCACUGUCAGUGAGAUUGUGGACCUAAGCUCGUGUUUACUUGAGGUGUUCAUUCACGGUGCAUUGACGCUCGGCCAGCAUGAGAUUUCAUCGACCUUGCAAAUAAGCGAUCUGUGAUUUCAUUGCGACGAAUCAUGAAGCGUGCCAUGCGUGCCUCCGCGUUUCGAUCGGUGCUAAUCGGUUGUUUUCUUUUGGUGAUUUUGCGAGAGACGUUCGCCUUUGGGAAUUCGACGAGCGCUUUCGUGGAGAAGUGUCGGGCGGAUUGUAGGCUGGAUAAGAGCUUGAUUAGUUGUGGGAAAUAUAGAGUUGUCAGGUGGUUGCAUGACACUGUCAGAAAUAAGGAAUUCACUUAUGGACCCGUUCGCGUAAUACGGAUACCAAGCAUAACACAGCAAUCGAUUCUGCCGAAGUUACCUCAGAGUCGAGUGUUCAAGAGCGAGGCGGUCGAGGCCUUGAACUUCGUCAGGGACGUUCUCGAGGACCUGCUGACGAAACGUGCUUUGGUUUAUACCAUCGAUAAUUCUGUGGCGGGGAGGAAUUUUGGGACUGUGCCUAUGGUCAUGGACGAGGAUGAGUUGGAUGAAUUACAGAGCAGGAAAGAUGAUGGUGAAUGGAGGAUCUUCAAAAAGAAGAAAUCCCUCAUCCUCCCAAUCCUAAUUUUACUAAACCUCCUCAAGCUGAAGUUACUACUUAUACCAAUAUUCCUAGGAGUACACUUUAUCAAGAAAUUACUGGUGCUCGGAUCACUCAUAGCACCAUCCAUUCUAUCGCAUCUGAAGAUCUGCAAGGUUCCUCCACAUCCGCAACCCUAUCAAAUGUGGGCCACCGCCGCUGAGGCUCCCGUUGAUUAUCCAACAGGAUACGGUCAAGAGGAGCCAGCUUGGGUACACAGGAACGACCUAGCCUACGGCACUUAUAUACGCAAUCCCUACGGAUGAAGCGUAGGACUCCACCGACUCGUCGAGCAAGCUCGCCGUUCGUCAGAAUCGUCCUGAUAUCUCCAGAGGCCCCCGGCGACCCUGCUCCGUGUCUAGCAAUAUUUCGUAGAUAAUACUUCUUAAAGACUGUCAUAGUGACACUGAUUUAGCUAAGUGAUUAAGGCGUGCUCGCGAAAAAUUGAACUUUCACGGCGUCCCGUUAGCGAUUUAAGUCACGAACACGCCUUUAAUAAAAAAGUGCAUAGCAUGCGAAGUUGAUCAUUGAAAUGCAUGUUAUGUACCGUAAAUCUGAUUAUGAGAACGUAUUUUCUCGUGUCGGCUCGCGUGAUGUCAACGCGACUUCCUGUAUUGUAACGGAUAUGCAUGUUGGAGUGUGUAUGUGGUUUCGAAUGUAGUUUGCAGUGAUCGGUGAUUGGUGUUAGGAUUAACGAUAUGGUAGCACUGCGGUAGUGAAGAUUGUGUUCCACGGGAUGAGGGAUCCGUUGAUCAUCGAUAAUGAUGUAUUUAGAGAGCAUUUGUGUGUUGUACUGUAUGAAUACAGUGUUUUGUACUGUAAUAGUUAAUAUAUGAAAUGUUU